UGCAAAAUCGUUACCUAUGCAGCAAUCGUCAACUCAGCUUACCUUGCUCGCGCAGCUCAAGCUCACAGCCUCAUGAAACGGGGACAGCAACAGCAGCUUCAUGGGACCUGAUUUAGUACUCAGGAUUUGGGACCUGCUUAUGAGCUUGCAACUUAUCACGCAUUUGUCGCAAUUCUCAAAUAUCAUUAUUUACCCGACGUCAUUCGAAGAUGGGAGCUUCGAGUGGUGACGCAGUUGUGCCAGCUGCUUCCAUGACCAAUGUAGGAAUCAGUGCACAGCGCUGUGACGCAAUCGUCAAAGCUUCCCCCGCCUCCGGAGCUAUGCGGCGCCAGCAUCAACAUCAGCAUUUUGCGCGCGACAGCUUAACUCUUUCUUCAACACGCCGAACCAAUUUAUAUAAACCUCAUGCGCUUUCCGUCCUUCCCACAAUUUGUUCACGCCUUCCACGAAAUCAGAAACACCACCAGCGCAUUUGUUCGCACAAAUCCCGCCGGCGUACUCGGCCGCACAUUCUACAACAGCCCGCAACGCGCAACCCUUCAGCAUUCUAUGCCCAAUAUCCCCUUUUUAGGCGCGCUAUUUAAAUCGUCUAGCAGUAUGGCCGAUAACAGCAACUUCCCCGUGAGCAAGCCCGAGGGCGAGUGGCAAGCUCAGCUUUCGCCAGAGCAAUUUCGCAUCCUCCGCAAAAAAGGCACCGAGAUGCCCGGCUCCAGCAAGUACGACAAGCACUACCCGGACGCGGGAGUAUACAAGUGUGCAGGCUGCGACGCGUCACUGUACAAAGCAAACCACAAAUUCGACUCUGGGUGUGGAUGGCCUGCGUUCUGGGAUGCUUUCCCUGACGCAGUUGGGCAGAAACCCGACCCUGGCCUCGGUAUGAUGAGGACAGAAAUUGUCUGCAACAAUUGCGGUGGGCAUCUGGGGCACAUCUUUAAGGGCGAGAGAUUCGGCAACCCAAAGAAUGAGAGACACUGCGUCAAUGGCGUAAGCAUCAACUUUACGCCGGAGGAGAGCAAGUAGGGAAUGGGUAGGAUGCCGCAUUCGUGUAUCGCUUAUAUUAAUAAGAAAGAAGAAAAGACAACAAAAGGAAGAACUUUGACCAAUCGCGAAGUGUUGAAGAAUACGCUGUACAUCUGACAUGUGUUGCAAAUUGCUGAUAAGUAAUUUAAAAGUGUGCGCAAA